AUGGGCUCGUCUCCAAUUCGGAGACUUUGCCAUUGGGGUCCUAUUGCAGUUUUAUGCAUUAUAAAGUUAAUAACUUGGGCAAUGGUGCAUUUAAUUGGUAUGUGGUGGCCCCCCCACGAGUCUGUUGGUGCAGCAUUGCAUGCUGUUAUGUUCUUGGGGCUAGCGGCUACUACACUCUACUUUUUCCUUCAGUCUUUAUUAGAAGGACCUGGCUUUGUACCAUUGGGAUGGAAACCAGAAAAUGAGGAAGAUAAAGAACACUUACAAUUCUGUUCAGUUUGUAACAGUUACAAGGCUCCUCGCUCUCACCAUUGUAGAAAAUGUGGUUAUUGUGUGAAGAAAAUGGAUCAUCAUUGCCCUUGGAUAAACUGCUGUGUGGGCCACGCCAACCAUAGGUAUUUUACUCUAUUCCUGAUCUCUGCAGUUCUGGGUUGUUUACAUGCAUCUAUAGUCCUGUCAAUCUGUGUGUACCACGCGAUCAACCGUGUAUGGUAUAUGCAUAAAGGUACGGGUCAGGAGCCCAUUGUUUAUCUAACGCUGAGCACACUGCUUCUCACGCUGCUGGCCGUCGGCAUGGCAGUUGGAGUUGUUCUGGCUGUGGGGGCACUGCUGUAUCUCCAGAUCCGGGGCAUCCUCCGCAACCGUACGACUAUUGAGGAGUGGAUCGUGGAGAAGGCGGCUAGCCGGCGCGAGGAACAGGGCCUGCAGCCGUUCGUGUUUCCCUACGACCUGGGCUGGAGGAACAACCUCCAGUUGCUGCUGCAGGGGUCCAAGUACGAUGGCCUGACCUGGCCGCUACUCGAAGGAUGUGGCCCGUACGACCUAACGCGCGAGCAGAUAGCUCAGAAGGUGGAGAAGCGGAUGCGGUCGCGAGUGUACGUGGUGCGGGAACAAUACGGCGGCAGCUGGCUGCCGCUGUGCCGCCCCCGGGCGAUGCUCGCCGCACCCUGCAGCGACGAGCCGCGCCUUAAGCUGCAGCCGGGAGACCGAGUGCGCGCCACCAGGCACAGGAGGCACUGGUUGUUUGGCGAGAAAAUGGUUGGAGAAGGGCGCGGGCCGCGGGGUUGGUUCCCGAGCGCAAUCGUGUCCCUGGCUGAUCCGAUGGUGGACAUGUUCGACAACAGGUCAUCGGAAAUGUUCGACAACAAGUCUGAAGAUAUGUUCACAAAUAUGCGCGCAAGCGGUCUCUACGACGGUGCAGGCAAGACGAAACCCGAUUAG